AUGAAGCUCGUCUCUGCCCUUUUCAUGACCAUGGUCGCCGUCACGGUUGCACAAGAAGAGGAAUGCCCGGUUGCAACCGUCGCCACUCCCUGCACUGCCGACUACACCCCUGUUCAAUGUGGGCCCAAAAGCUGUGAAUACAGCAAUCUCUGCGGUGCUGAAGCAGCUGGCUUUGCAGAAGCUGACUGCUGUCCCGCUCUAUCGGAUGAAGUGAUGUGCACUAUGGAAUAUGUGCCCGUUCAGUGUGGAGCUAACAAAUGCACAUACUCUAAUCAGUGUGGUGCGACAUCUGCUGGAUUCCAAGAGACUGACUGUUGCCCAGCUCAGAGUGAAGACGUCAUGUGCACUAUGGAAUAUGCACCUGUCCAGUGUGGAGCCAACAAAUGCAUGUACUCCAACCAGUGUGGUGCCGGUGCUGCUGGAUUCCAGGAGACUGAUUGCUGCCCUGCUGCUAGUGAGGAUGUUGUGUGCACUGCUGACUAUAGCCCAGUCCAAUGUGGAGCCAAUCAGUGCAUGUACUCCAACCAGUGUGGUGCUGGUGCCGCUGGAUUCCAAGAGACUGAUUGCUGCCCUGCCCCCAGCCCUGAUGUUGCAUGCACUAUGGACUACCGUCCUGUCUUCUGCGGUGCCAACAACUGCGAGUACUCCAACCAAUGCGUUGGAGAGGCUGCUGGGUUUGCUGCUGAUGACUGUGAAGAGCCAGCACCUCAGCCACUCCAAAAUACCAACGAAGGAGAGUCAAAUGAAGAAUCUUCGUCAUCCAAAAUGGGAGCUGCCUUCGCCAUGGCAUCGGUUGCAGUGUAUACGGCACUUGUAGUGUAA